AUGUCACGGGCCGCACCCACUCGUCGAAUGACCAGAAGCCAGAGUCGGGAGUUGGAACCACCAAGCUAUCAACCUGAACUUGCAUUGAAAAGCUCUAGAGCUACCGGCAAAGGAAAAGCUAUUGCUUCACAGUUGAGCUCGGUAGCUGAAGAAACACCCAGCUCUUCCCGCCAAUUUUCACUCUCCAAGCAUGGGUCUCCAGUUGUUCCUGAAUCGCCCAAUAACCCAGAGGGCCACACUAAUAUCUCAGGCACCACAUUUCUAGACCAUCUUGACGAGUCUGAUGAUGAUGAAGUUCCCAAUGAUCCUCUUCUCAUGGUUGAUGAGCUUCCAGACCUUCAGCAUGUAGCUUCGACUUUGAUGAUCAUGCUGGUAUCCAGUCAUGAGGAUCCAAUCAACAUGGUCAAUGAAGCAAGACGUCUUCGCUCUGCAGAUCCCAAGAGCCCAGAAACCCGACGUCUAAAAACCGCCUGUCGCAAGCUCAUGGAGAGAAUGAAUCAUUUCAGUCAUGAAACCUUUAUUGACGUGCCGCACAUUCAGAGCUUGAUUCCUUCCAUCCCCGCCAAGGAUGACAUAGCAGCAUGGAGUCCAUCUCCUGCAUUGCACAAUGCAAACUGUGCUCGACUGGCUUAUGAACUCCUGCUCUCAACCGCCGAAUCCCAAUCUGCUCGACAGAUGGUCCAUACCCUCAACUCUCAAUACCCUGCCCCUUUCCUCGAUAAAUUGUCGAGCAAUCCUUCUACCGGAUCUAGUGGCGCUGAAAAGGCCACAUUUGAGCUUGCCCUUGAGAUCCGGACACAACACUUCAUCGCUGAAUUUGAAAAGCUGCAAGGAUCUAAGGACUUCGAUCCAAAGGCCUUGCUUCAGUCUGUCUUCUACGAUAACUCUAUCCAUCAAGGUCGUGAACUGGAUUCCCGCUGGCUUCGAGGCUUUGCCUUGGCCAUUGCUCUCCAAGACGAGAACAAAUGUCUUCCAGAUCGCUUCCACGAUGCAGUUCUUGAUCGAAUUGGUGAGCUGAGACUUGAUAUGUUUGACGAUGAUGGUGCUCCUAAUCCCUCGGGCCUGAAAUCCUCCUUCCCCUGGAAACGAUUCUCUGUGCGCGCUGCACGCUUUCUACACAGUCGCGAUCGGGAGAUUCGCCGUGAUCUCAAGACACAGGCGAAUUUCGAUGAUAUUAGUGAUAUCAUCAUCAAGAGAAUCAACGACGAUGGCCCAACACCUUCUUUCGAACCGGAAUCUACGGACUCCCAUCCUGAUCGGCAUGAAAUGGCGGACUCCUUGUCACCGGUAGUCCACCAUUCCAGAAAAGGGCUGACUGAGCGAGUUGAGCAAACGCCUGCAGCACAAACAUCAACCCCAACCUUUGCACCACCCAGAGUCCCUAGUCCCAAGCCUCAAGCCCAGAAAUCCAUCAGACAGCCAACUCCCAGCCAAGGCCAGUCAUCGACAGCCAAAGAUCCAAAUCGACGCAAGUCCCUCAAGGGAUUCCUUAGUAUGGACAAUAUGGCUCGUCUCAAGAAACGUAUGGAAGACAUUCAACCGGAAUUAUCCCGCUAUGCGACCAGUUCCGCAGCGCCAGGAUCAUCCGCAGCACAAGAACACAGUGCUCCCGAACCGGAUAUCGGUGACGAGACAACAUUCAUCAAUCAGGCGGAUUAUGAUUUUGAUCUCGAUGAGAUGCCCGAAGAAUCAACCACUCCUCCCGGAUCCGCUCGCACCAACCAAAUUAGCCACCAUCCCAGUCAAUGGUCGGUCUCCCCACCUCGUGCCCAGGCUAGCCGUCGAGCAUCGCAGUCAGACCAGCAGCAACAAACCCCUCUGCGGUCUACCUACUUCGACCGUCAGAACAACGCUUCCCGGGUCUCUCCAAUCAAUGAAGUAGAAAGCCAAAGCGCAGAGCGGAGACCAGUGCAAAGACCAGUGCAAAGACCAGUGGAAACUGAGAGAAUCGUUUCCCGGAAGCGCCGCCGCGAAGAGGAGGAUGAUGAUGAAUCUGGCGAUGACUUCGAACCAGAUAGCCGCCGUAUCAACGUGGCCGAAAAGCGAGCGAAGAAACCAGCACCGCGACGCGAUCCUCCUCGCGAACAGCGACCCGAGAUCAACGAAGCCGAUGACCAGCUGGCUGGCGAACUGGACACCUCAAACCAGACCUCCCAACCCACCAGAACCAAUGCCGUCGUUGCCUCAGCCCGUGCCCAAGCUCUGGGUUCCUCCUCCUCGGCCCCCGUUUCUCCCCCGGCGCCUUCCCCAUCGGCACCUUCUCAACCGGCCAAGCAGUCUUCCUGGGCUGCUCGGAAUGCCCCCGAUGCUGCGAAUAUGAAUGUGUCCGGGCGGAGGGGUGGCAAGUGGACCGAGGAAGAGGACAAGCGCCUGAUCCAUUUGAUCGCGGCGCAUGGGACGGGCUGGGCUGAAAUCAUAAAGCAGGACUCAAUUUGUCCGGCGGUUGAUGGUGGGCCGGCGUUCACUGCGCGGAAGCGCACUCAAACGGAUAUCAAGGACCGGGCCCGUGUCCUGAGGCGCCGCUUUGAGAAGCGUGGGGAUCAGCUUCCACGGAAUUUUGAGAAUGUGUCGAAGCUGAAGUGGUGA